GUACUUCUUUAAAUAGAAAAAAAUUUCUUCUUUUGCAUUCACUUGAUCAUUUGAAUUCAUUCCUAUUAAAAAAGAACUGAAGUUCAAGUCAUUUCAUAUCAAAAGGAAAAAAGAACCUUAGUGAUGGAAUUUGGAGAAUCCCCAAUUUUUCGUGAGGCAUCUACUCCAAAAGGCAAACAAUCUUCAGAACCAACAUUUCUCACUCGGCUGGGCGUUGAUGAACUCUACACAUUAGAGAUGUGGAGAGCAUCAGUUACUGAGCUAGUAGCAAGUGGUACAUUUUUGUUUACUCUCUCGACAGCCAUAAUUGCAUGUUUGGAAUCAACUCAGUCAGAACCUAAAUUCAUAAUCCCAAUUGCUAUCUUCAUCGUUGCUUUCCUUUGGCUUAUGGUGACGAUCCCUUUAUCCGGCGGCCUCUUUAGCCCGGCUUUUUCGCUCAUCGCAGCGCUAAGAGGCGUAAUAACCUUCGUUCGAGCUUUCUGCUAUUCUCUGGGACAACUUUGCGGUGCAUUGAUAGCUUAUCUUCUACUAAAAGCUGUAAUGGAUCACAAUUUAGCACAGAAAUACGCUUUAGCUGGCUGCAUGAUUAACGGAAACGGAGCCGGAGUAAGCGUCGGAACAGCGCUGAUAAUAGAGAUUUUAUGCACGUUUAUGGUGCUAUAUGUUGCAAUGACUAUCAUUGUAGACAAGCAAAAAUGCAUAGAUUUAGGGUUGACUAUGGUUUGUGUGAUCAUAUCAGGGAUUUAUGCAACGUCCGUUUUUGUAUCGAUUACGGUAACCGGACGGCCUGGAUACGGCGGUGUUGGGCUGAACCCGGCGAGAUGUUUAGGUCCGCUGCUGGUUGUGGGUGGUGAUUUAUGGGAAGGACAUUGGGUUUUCUGGGUGGGACCAUUUUGUGCUUGCGUAAUUUACUAUGGUUAUAGUUUGAUGCUACCGAAGCGAGGAUUUGUAAGGGCAGAGGUGGAAGAAGACCUUGUUAAGAUUAUUAGGAGUGCCUCUUGUCACUACAACAGAUGCUGUUUUUAACGGCGGUAUAGUAGGGGCGGUUUUGGCAAAUGCCCCACGCCAAGUAUUUAAGUUUUAUAGGGACGAAACUUAGGGGCGGUUGAUAAAAUAAAAGUAAUUUCUCUUUUCUUUUUUCACUUUUGUAAAAUACGAUUCACUUUCUUUUUCUUCGUCUCUUUAGCUGUUCGCCACCAUCACCUCUUUUUCUUCGUCUCUUCGAUUCACUCCGAGUACAAACGCUGUUCUUCGUCUCUUUAGCUGCUCUUCAUCAAUGAUGGGUUUUAUCAUCUUUCUCAGUUCUCAAUUUUUAGGAUUUUCGGUUAAUUGAUUGAUAUUUCCGAGCGAUUUGCAAAAGUUAGGGUUUCGAGCUUGCUAACGUUUCAUCAAUUCAAAUCACAAUCUAGAUCCGCACUAGAUCGGUAAAGAAUCUUCUGUUCAUUUCU